AUGGAACGUCGUUCGAAAAGGAUCCGAAGACGUGAGGAACGAGAUGAUAACUCAGACACGAGUGAUCCACCUCCCAUGGAGCCCAAUGAGGGAGAGUCAACUGCCUCAACGACUAACCACAUGGACCCUGAUUCAACGGAUGCACUACGUUUGGACCAUGCAAUCAAGCUUGCUCGUAAUCAAGUCAGCUCUGCCUAUGCAUCCUAUGAGGUACCGACCAUGUCCGAUCAGAAGGACAAGUAUGAUCGCUAUAUGAUUGCGUGGCAAUGUAAGACGUGUUCCAAGAAGAUCAAUCGACCCGCACACGAGUCUUCCUGCGGUAAUCUCCUUGCGCACGCGGCUCGAUGCUCAAAGAAAGCAAGCAAUCCCUCAGGUCACAGGACCCUGGCAUCACUUGGCGUAUCAGGAACAGGUGAUAUCGAUCCAUGGGAGACUGAUGUGUUUGAGUUCCCUCAGGUUUUGCAACGAUGUGUCGUCUGGUGUGCCGAGUCAGCGAAGCCGUUUUCAGCCUUGGAAGAAGACAGCAUGAAGAGACUGCUUCAUCCAACAAUCUUGAAGAACCUUCCGAACCGAAAGAUGAUUUCACAAGGUAUUCACAUGCUCUACUUAUGUGUUCAGGAGAAACUAUGUGAAGAGUUAAAGAUGCAUGAGGGGGGCCUAUAUUUGGGUGUUGAUGCGUGGCAGUCACCAAACAGAUACGAUAUUAUUGGCACGGUGGUAUAUCGACUUGUGGACGAUGGCGCUGGCAAUGCAAAAUUGGACGCCAUGCCCCUGGACUUUGUGCAGCUCAAAGAAAGGCACACAGGCAAAUACCUGGCGCACAUGGUAAGAUAUAUUGUUGAGAAGUUUGGUUUAGAAAAUAGGAUAUGUGGUAUUGUUUCCGACAAUGCAAGUAACAACGAGACGAUGAUUUCAGAGUUGGAAAGUCUCAAUUGGAAACGAUUUAAGGGCGAGGAGCAGUGGAUGAGGUGCUUUGCACAUAUCGUCAAUCUGAUUGUCAAGGCCAUCCUUCAACCCUUCGCUCGGAAGAAAUCCCAUGGCACGGCUGAGUAUGAGGAGUCUGAUGAUGAAGAAGAGCAUGAACUCAUUGAGAGAUUCAAUGAAGAGAAAGAGAACAGUGACUUGGACGAUGAUGCCGAUAUCCACACUACACCUGAAGGAAACAAUGAUCCAGAACUUCCCUCGGACGAUGAACUCACUCUGGCCAAUCUUGAGGAUCUCGAAGCGGAAGACUCCCAAGAUAACUAUACUUCUGACUCGUGCCGCCAAUCCCUUGCCAAGUUCUGUAGAAUUGCAAUGAAACUGAGGAAGUCACCGAACUCAAAGGCGAAAUUCAUCGAGAUUUGUCAAGAAACUGAAUGCAAGAAGCCCCACACUAUCGAGCGUGAUGUACCAACUCGGUGGAACUCGACAUACCUCCAACUCGCAAGUAUUGUCCGAUGUGAGGAAGCCAUCAUCAUGUGGCAGCGUGAUAAGCAGUUUGGCAUACCCCGCAAUUAUCACCUCCAACAAGAAGACUUCGACCUGGCCGCGGACUUGGUUCAAAUUCUGCUACCCUUUUACGAAAUCACGCUUCAAUUAUCAACCAGCGCCUCAGCCCGGCUCGCCGACAUCGUCGUCAUGAUUGAUCAAAUCACGUCCAACCUUGGUGCUGUGAUUGCAAAUCAGGUUCCCGACCGAGAUCACCCUCCGGCUUUACGAAAUGCUUGUCGCGCGGGGCUACGCAUUACAAACAAGUACUACUCACUCACUGACUGCUCACCUUUAUACCGAAUUGCCAUGGUUCUCCAUCCCUCAUUCAAGGACGAAUACUUUAAGUUGGCCAAAUGGCCUAAGGAAUGGAUCGAUGAGGCAGUUAAGCUCACUCGCGAGAUGUACAAUAAGUGGUACAAACCUCGAAACACGGAAUCAGCACCAAGAUCAGCUGGAAAGGGACAAGCAAGGGUAAAUUUCAUUUAA